AUGGAGAUCUUCUCCCAGGGGACAGCAGUACUGAAGGGAAACAAGAGCUACAUUACUGAAUUCCUCCUUCUAGGACUGACCACUGACCCCACACAACAGAUAUGGCUCUUUGCCUCCUUCCUUGCCAUGUACCUGGUCAAUGUGGUUGGCAACUCAGUCAUCAUUGCAGCCAUCUGGAGGGAGGCCCACCUACAUACCCCAAUGUACUUCUUCCUCUCCAACCUUUCCCUGGUGGACAUCUGCUUUACCACUGUCAUUGUGCCAAAGAUGUUAGCCAACUUGCUUACACACAGAAAGACUAUCCUCUUUUCCCAGUGCCUCAUCCAGAUGUAUUUCUUUGUGGCCUUUGGCAUCACUGACAGUUUCCUCCUGGCUGCCAUGGCCAUUGACCGUUACAUGGCCAUCUGCAACCCAUUGCAUUACAUCAAGACCAUGAGUCCCAGACACUGUCUUCUGUUGGUGAUGGCAUCUUGGGUGGUCUCCCACCUCCACUCACUCACCCACACAAUUCUCAUGGGCCGCCUCUCCUUCUGUGGAUCCAAUGUCAUUCACCACUUCUUUUGUGAUGUCCAGCCACUACUGACACUCUCUUGCUCUGACACUUCUAUCAAUGAGAUUUUGGGCUUCACAGAGGGUUCCUUUGUGAUCAUGAGCCCCUUUAUCUUCAUUAUUUUCUCUUAUGUCUUCAUUGCCUGUGCUGUUCUGAAGGUCCCAUCAGGGGGAGGCAGAUACAAGGUCUUCUCCACUUGUGGAUCCCAUCUAACAGUCGUGGCACUAUUCUAUGGGACCAUAAUAUCUGUGUACAUCCGCCCCUCAUCCACUUACUCAGUAACAAAGGACCGGGUGGUCACUGUCAUCUAUACAGUAGUUACCCCCAUGCUAAACCCUUUUAUCUAUAGCCUUAGGAACAAUGACAUGAAAAAGGCAUUGAGAAAAUUGACUAGGAGAACUGAGUAA